AAAAUUUGGCGAAUUGCGCCAAAAAGCGGUGGGAUAUAAAACAAAAAAAUUUUCUCACAUGCAACAUUAUCUUUUUCCCCACUUGAAUUUUCUUACAAAUAUAUAUUUUUUUCUUUUGGACUUGACUAAAACCAACGAUCUCAUACAAUCGAAUUGAAAGUUGUUUUCUUCAAAUGUGUGAUUACCAACACUUGGCAAAAAGGCACCACAAAUACCUUGAUAUUUUUCGUGUAUAGUACAGGCAAACUGACUAUAUUGAGGCAGACUCUGUGAGUACAGAGGAAACACUCUCUUUUGCAGCAACAUACCGUCAACUCUGGGGAGUCGCGAUCAACCGCGAUCGAUGCGUCGCGCUCAGUUUUCAAUUGAAAUUCCAACGAGACGCGCGCGCAAUUUUUUUCCACGCUACUUUCCAGAUCAUUGGAUCAAUGAUCAAGUUGUGUUCUCUGGUGGUUCUAAUCAAUUGUUCACACAAGUGCCAUUUACUGAGAAAUUUCUCUCUUCUAUAAAUAAAAAAAAAGGUUUAAUUAAGCCCAAUCGUGGUUCAGGAGAAACUACUCUUGAACCUCUUUUUCUCGCUACAAUUACUCCAAAAAAGAACUGAAAACUUUUUCUUACCUCUGAGAAACUUCAAUUGCUCACUGAAGUAUUUUUGCAAUAGACAAAAAAAUCCAUUUUCUCGCAAUUUUUUUUGCUGUGGCUCGCAUAAAGCACGUGAAUUUAGCACAAAAAUCCCCAAUGAUACAUCGUGGUCUUCCCACUUCCACUCUGUGUUCCAUUUUCGUGUUGUUGAUUGAUGAAAGUUUCACAAAAGAAGAAUUAUAUCACGAGAACCUAUUUUCGUAUAGCAAUUUAACCACAAAAUAAUGCUUCUCUCCAUCUAUUAGUUGGGGAGACUAUUUUUUUUUUCAAAAACUUUUAUUUUAAACUCUAUCAGAAAAUUGUGUCACAAAGGAAAAUUCCUUUUUGAAAGUUCCAUCUCGGUUAUUUUUUUUUUAAUAAAUAAAUCCAACAAAAUGGAAUGCAAUGGUGAAGAAGGUGAAAAAAAAACGAAGAAAUUCUCCGUUACCAAGUGAUGCUGAAGAAGCAUUAAUGAAUAAGAAAAAAAAGAAGUUAGGAAUGAGAGAAAGGAAAUGAUGUCGUUUGAGAGUGAGAAAACGUGCUGCAAGAUUUGAAUGCGCGAACAAGCCAUUGAACUGGAAUGUGAAUCAACUUCUGCAAAGUGCUACAAAAUAAUGUUGCUAACAUUGCAUCACUUGGGAAAUAUAAGGACUUUCAGAAGCAUUUUUCUUGAGAAGCUUUUUUUGUCAUGCUCUAAACGCACAAUGUUGACUAAUUGAACAAUCUCCCUGAUACAAUCAUCAGACGUUUUUUAAUUAGAGUUUAUUUUUUCUUACUUCAUCUAAUUCUAAUCAAGGAUUUGUGAGAGUUCACCAUGGUGUUGAUUAAGUCGCAAAAAAAGAAGGAAAAUAUAGAGCCGUGCGUUGUGGGUAUAAUUUUCAAGGGAAAGUGUUGAUGACUUGCCUGUGGAAUUAUUAUUUUCACCGAUAAAUAUUCAAUUUGGGUUACUGCACUUCCGCUCAAAAGUGCACAUUUAAUGAUUUUAUCAAGAGGGGUAUGUUAAUUGUUUGCCAUGUUGAAAUAAAUUUCACAAUUCCAUUUAAAUCUGCCGUGGAAAUGUUGAAUGAAGAGUUACAAUAAUCGCCACAUAUUAAAUUACUCUGCGACACAAAAUGCAGUUUUCAUUGUAAUCCGUUUUCAAAAAUUACUAAAAGCACUACAAACAUUGGCUACAUAGCAUACAGUGAUGGGCGAAAUUUUGUAAAUUAAAAGUUAGUUAGUUUUAUGUGAAAAAAAUGGGUCAGAAUUAAAAAUAUUUCUAUAAUUAGUUUCAAAUUGCUCAUGUACAAAAAUUGAACAAAUAUAUUUCAUAUUUUAUAUACAUAUGUAUUUUCAUAUAAAAGCUCAUUAAAAGCUUCAAAUUAUUCAAAUUAAAUGUUUUCAUUUAAAUUCAUUUGGAGCAAAAUUUAAAGCUUUUUAAGUACAAAAAAUCUAUAAAAUAUUAUUGAAAUUAUUAUUAUUUAGAAUUAAAAUUAGAUACAAAUCUCAAAAAAAAUUUCUGAGAAGCUUUCAAUAUUACUUCAGAUUAACCAUUAACGAGAUUUCAUGGAGAACUUGUAAAAGAAAUUAUUCCUCGUCAUUAAUGAUUAGGGAAAGAUUUUCUAAAGAAUCUAAGCUUCUUUAAAUAAUUCUGUAAAACCAGAAAAAAAUCUCGUUAUUGAGCGAAUUUUGCACUUGAGUGUAACUUUAUUUUUACCUCUAUAACUCCACAAUGCAUUUUCUAAAGUUCUCAAUAAAAUGAUUUGUUGCAUAAUUGUUGUUUAUUGGAAAAUAAAUCAGUUAAUUCACAUUAAAUUGUAAACUCGCCAUAUUAAUGUGAAAUAAUUCACAUUUCUCUUAAAUCCCCCCCUAUAUGGCAAUUUUAUUUAUUGAGCUCUUUCGCGAAUGGAUUAUAUUGCAAUUAUUGUGCAGAAGUCGGCAACUGCAUUGUUUAUUGGUGGGAGGUUAAGUUGAAUGAAUGCAAGGGACAGUGUAGGAGCAGUGUAGGUACGAGUAGCAAUUAGCAUUAAAUUGUAUCAUGGGCGGAAAAUUGGAAUUAAUAUCAAUAUUGCCGUUUAUCCGUAUCUUUUCUUCUUUUUGAAGCCGAUUUUCUGCUGCUAUGGGUAAACCAGUGCACGAGGAAUAAUCACAUGUCUUAUCAGACAUUCAUAUCUUAGGUCGACGAGGCACGACGCAGUUUUUUUUUCUCCGUAUUAAUUGUAAUAUGAAUUUUUAAAUGAACAGAAGGGAGUCGUGAGGUGUAGUGAAUAUUUGAAGUUGAAUGUGAAAAGGUUUACUCGCUGUCUGAGAGAAAAAUCGCGCAAUUUCCAUUUAAAUUUCAAUCUCAGCAGAGCACAUUAUGAAAGUUGACACCGCAAGUUUCCUUCCGUUUUCUUCACAUUUUAUACGCCCCACUUGGUGGCUCUUGUCUACGUGAAUAUCUUAUUUAAGAGAGAAAACCACAACCAGUGACCAAAGUGUUGUAUGUACCUAUAUAAAAAUCACACCGAAUAGCUAUUAAAAAAAUGGUGUAAAUUGCAAUUAAUUUGUAGAAUGUGUUUCACUACGUGAGUCUGCAAUUAUGCUUCAUUUUCAAUGGUAGCUAUUCAUUGAGAAGAAAAAUUUGUAUUGAGAAUUUUCUUGCAUUUUUUCAUGUUUACCAGGCGAGUUAAUUAAAAAACAAGCGCGAUUAGCGACUCUCAGCUGCGGUUUUCUUAUCAAAUAGGUCUUGAGUCACAGUCAAUGUUAUUUUUGGUAUAUUUUGAAGAAGAAAAUAUUGACUGGUAAUCCGUAAAUUUAUUGGGUCAAUAGAUGAUAUUUUUGGAGUCACGGUGAAUCAACACUUGCACUUGAGUGAUCACAGUUUUAUGAUGAUGAUUGUAUCAGGUUUGACUGAGAGAAAUUUUCCUGUAUAAAAUACAAUACCUAUCUUACCUGACAGCAGGUUAAUGACGUGAGCCAUAGAUUGGAUAAGGCAAAGAAAAAAAAUCCCAGAGACAUUGAAAAUUUUAUCAGUGUCGUGUGAAAAUUUUUGAUAGAGGAAAAAAGGUUUAAGAAAAAAAUAUGACGAGUGUACUAUCGGCGGGAAAGUACCGCUCCCGGAAAGAUUGGAGCACAAGUUCGAUACCAACUCUUGUGUCACUCGAGGAGGAAUCCACGACACCGACAGAGGAGAAACCCGACAAUGGAAUACCACCAAAACCACCACGACGCUCAUCCCUGGUUGUUGGAUUGCUCGGGCGAAAUCCCGUACCUAGCAAUAAUAAUACGGAGAAGCCCAGCACCAAGAGACGCAGCUCCAUUGCUGUAGCAUUCUUGGGACGACGUGAUGGUGGUCAGAAGAAUAAGGAUCAAUUCGGUGAAAUGCCAUCAAUUGGACGACUAAAGGAUGGCAGUGCUGAUGGGGGAGAGAAUGGGGUGACUAAUGCGGAAAAUGGGAAUUAUCUUCAAGCUGAACUUCCCGGAAGGCGACAUCGACGCUCAUCGUGGCAGGCAAAAUUUGAGCGUCGUCGCCGAAAGGUUGGCCUACCACCAACCUUGGAUGACAAUGAAGUUGCAGCGGAAGAUGAGCUACCCAUUGGCUAUGCGCGACGCGAAAAAAGACACUCCUGGUGGAAUAUUCUCAAGCCGGAAAAUCUCAAGCAGAGGUCUCGUAGAUCAAGUCAAGCUGAUGUUGAUAUUUUAUCACGUACUGGAGGUCCAGUCUUUCGGAGUAAAUCAAGGAGUGUGGAUCAUGGUUUGGCUCCAUUUGAUUUGGACUCUCUCAAAUCGAAGGUGGAGGGCAGAAUUGAUAGCGUAGAGCGCUUAUCAAGAGAUGCUGAAAGAAAGAAAGCUCCACCAAUUCCUACAACAACUUAUACAGUUGGCGAUCGAGAUACUCUGACUUCAGUGGCAGCACGAUUUGAUACGACACCCUCUGAAUUAUCGAAGCUCAACAGGCUGGUGAGCUCAUUCAUCUACCCAGGACAGCAGCUAUUGGUUCCUGAUAAAUCAGCUAUCGCUGAGAGUGCUGGUGAAGGUUCCACGGCAUCUGGGAAAUCUAGUCCGACAGGAAAAUCCACAGAUGAUUUACACGAGGAGAAAGAACUUCUCGAUGGUCUACGACCUGGAUCACCAAAACCCGGGCACAUUGAGCGAGUAUCCUCGCCAAAUGUGCAAGGGCAGCACAAUGAGGAUGAUCCGGUGAUAACGCAGAGAUUCCUCAAAAUAAACGUGAGACACAUAACCGAUGGCCAAGGGGUUGUCGGUGGUGUCCUUCUCGUGACACCCAAUGCCGUCAUGUUCGAUCCCAAUGUGUCCGAUCCAUUGGUAAUUGAGCAUGGACCCGAAAGCUAUGGUGUCAUUGCCCCCAUGGAUCUCGUGGUUAAUGCGGCAAUCUUUCACGAUAUCGCCCACAUGCGCGUGGGCAAUGAGCAGAGCAAUGAUAAACCCGAGGUGUAUUACCCAAAGCCCCAGAUAAGUCGCUACGAGAGCACCCAUUCACCGGGGAAGGAUUCCCUCCUUGUGAAGGAUGAAACAUUCCCGGAAUUGGGUGUGGGCUCCGUGGAGGGGUGUGAUGAUCAAGAGAGUGUCUGUAGUAGCAAUGGACGUGAAGGUGAUGCCUUCCCGAAAGCAUUUGAACGUGAUCUCGUGACACCGACAAAUCUCCAGCAUGCAGCGACACUUGCUGAAUUCCGUGAGACCACACGCGAUUGCCUGGAUAAGGCGGGAACAGCAGCAGCUGCAGAAGCCAAAGAGACCAAAUCUGACGAACAGAAAGGUGAGACAAGCGAUGAGAAAACCCUCGACAUGAUGACGAGUGAAAUGAAGACAUUGGAAGAGCGUAGAAAGAGUCUUUUGGAUCAACAUUGGGCUAUCCCGAGUAAAGAUAGUCAAAGAUCUCAGGAAGAUGAGGAGGAUGUUGCCGAAGAGAGUCUCGAGACUGUGGCAUCAAUGCCACAGGCACCACCGGUGAUUAGUCAACCGGAUGAUGAGGAUCAGCAACUUGUGAAGCUAUCGUGCCAUGAUUCGGGGAUUGAUAUACGUGAUCCCAUUUCACUGCCAUUGCCACCUGUACAGCAGAUACCCACGAAGAAGGUGUACAGCGAUGCGGAUAUUGUUCUCAGUUCCGAUUGGGUGCCACCACUUACGAUUGCGGCGACCCACUUCAGCGAUAGCCCCCCGAAAUCUGCACAAAUGACCCUCAGCGCCCAAUCGACAGCCACUGCGGGUAAUCUCGAUCAAGGUGGCAGGAAGAAAACAUCGAGUGUGAGCUUCAGUGUUGAAGAUAGUGAGCAUCAGGCCACUGACAAGAUGGGUGGUGAUAAGAAGAACAAGAUGCUGAAACGACUGUCGUACCCCCUGGCGUGGGUUGAGGGGCUCACGGGUGAAGGAAAUAAGUCUGAAUCAAUUGAAUCAGCACCCAAUACCGGAGACUCCAAUCAGAGUGUAUUCUCCAAAGUAUUCUCCAGACGUUCAUCCAUUGGAACAUUCAUUCGACCAAGUCCCAGCUCUUCGGAAUCUUCUUCGCAUCCAUCAUCUCACAAAUCCAGCAAGGCACCACCACCCAAAUUGGACUACCGAUCAAUGGUUUCAAUUGACGAUAUGCCGGAACUUUUUGUCAGCUUCGACAUGAGGGCUCCGUUGUUUCCACAACUUGAACAACUUGAAUUAAUUCCACGACCAGCUCGUGCCUGUCCGGAUCCACCAUUGUAUUUGAGAUUGAGAAUGGGAAGACCAAUGGGCAAAUCCGUGCCCCUACCCACCUCGGUCAUGUCAUAUGGCAAGAAUAAAUUGCGGCCCGAAUAUUGGUUCAGUAUUCCGAAGAAUCGUGUCGAUGAACUGUUUCGAUUUUUGAAUUCCUGGGUUCCGCAUUUGUAUGGUGAAUUGAAUGAGGAGAAAGUUGCUGAACGUGGAUACGAACUCAUUCAGCACGACACCGAAUGGGCUCAAGGAGGUGUUUCCAAGGAGGGUCGAGUGAAUAGUGACGGUGAGGACAUUGCUGAAUUAACGCGAGAGUCAUGGGAGCUGCUUAAGGCGCCCUACGUUAAAAUCUUCAAUAUUAUCAAAAGUCAAACAGGAUCCAACGAUUUGGAGGGUGUGGAGGUGCUGUCCAUGAGUGCGGAUGACUAUCGAAAAUCAGCAUUAUUUCCAGGUGGCUCAUUUGAUCUUGACUUCCCAAUUCCGGAUCUUGUUGGACAAACUGAAAUUCUAACAGAAGAACACAGGGAAAAAUUAUGCGGCCACCUUCCAGCACGUGCCGAAGGAUAUUCGUGGUCAUUGGUCUUUAGUACUUCACAACAUGGUUUCUCACUUAACUCUCUCUAUAGGAAAAUGCACAGACUCGAAAGUCCAAUACUGAUCGUGAUACAAGACACAGGAAAUAAUGUGUUUGGGGCUCUGACUUCGUGUUCCCUGCAUGUUUCGGAUCAUUUCUAUGGCACCGGCGAAUCUUUAUUGUACAAAUUUAAUCCCAGUUUCAAAGUUUUUCACUGGACAGGUGAAAAUUUGUAUUUCAUUAAGGGCAACCCUGAGAGUCUGUCGAUAGGUGCUGGAGAUGGCAUUUUCGGGCUGUGGCUCGAUGGUGAUCUCAAUCAGGGGCGAUCGCAGCAUUGUUCGACGUAUGGGAAUGAGCCAUUAGCGCCGCAGGAGGAUUUUGUUGUUAAAACACUUGAAUGCUGGGCAUUUGUUUAAAGAAUGUCAGUUUAAUUGUAGUUUUAUAAAUAUUUUCUUUUAUUUUUAUUUAUAAUUUAUAAAAAACAAUACACAUUCAUUUUAAUUCAUUAAUUUUUAGUGAGUCAUAAAAUCAUUAAUUUUCUCUCCGAAAACUCUAUCAUUAAUUUACACAAACACACAAACAUUUCUUUUGCAAAUAAUUAAAUGAUGAAAAAAAUAUUUUUAAGAUUCAAUAUUUAAGUUGUAUAAAAUAAAUGAAACAAAAAAGAUAUUCAUGAUAGUUACUAAGGAAAGUCGUAUUUGUAAGUAUUUCUGAGAGUGUAAAGGGGGGUCUUUCUGGAAGAUAUGGCUUUGUGCGUGAGUAUCGAUUGGGGGUGAGAUUCAGUGGGAUUUUGGAAUGGGAAAGUGAAAAAAUGGAUGCAAGAUUGAUUUGAAAAAAAAGCGUCGAUGGAAAGGAAAAGAAAAUAUGUUAAUAGUAUAUUUUUUAAUUGAAAUAUUAAUAUAUUUUUUAUAAAUGUAUGUGAUAUAUAAAUUGCGUUUAGAAGCAAGACAACAGAAGAUGAAAAAAAAUGUAGUAAAACUAUUCAGAAUGUUACUAGACAAAGGCAAAAGUUAUUAUAAAGGAAAAAAAAAACAAGAUAGAAUUAGGCAAAGUGUGGCAAAAAAGGUGAGAAAUUUUGCAAAAAGAGAUGGUAAAAUAUCCACAAAGUUAUUUUUUCUAAAUUGCUACAAAAACUGAAAAUAAGAAAGUAAAUUAUCAGAAAGUGGUGUGAAAUAUUGUGAUGUUUAAACAUUAGACAAGAUAACAGCAACAACAACAACAAAAACAUACAAGUGAUGAUGAUGAAAAUUUUUCAGGGAUUCCUCCCCCAUUUAAACAACCCAAAUUAGUAAAAAAAAAAACAACAAAAUGUGAAAGCUUAAUCUGAUUUAAAGAAGAAAAUUGAGAAUAUAAAAAAAUACAUUUUAACCCCCCGAGAAAAAAUAUUUUCUAAAAAAAAUAAGCUGAUUGUGUAUUCCUAAGCUCUGCGAUGAAUUAGAAAAGAUUAAAAUUGUGAGGUGCAAAAAAAUUGUAAAGAUAUAUUUUUGGUCAAUUUGAGGACAAGAAAAUUCGCUAAAACAAACGUUAAUAAAGUUAAUUAGUAAAGAUGAAACUCUUAAAAAUACAUUAAACCACAGGAAGAAAAUAAUUAAAGAAAAUGAAAAAAUACUAUCUGUCCAUAAUGCUAACUUAUUGCAUUAAAUUGUAGUAUUUUGUGUAAUCUACUAUACUUAGAAUUGGCACAGCAAUAUGAUUUAUUUCGCAUUAAAACUCCAUCACUGUUGGUGCAAAAAAAAAACAAAUAAAAUGAAAAUAAUUUGCGCUUUUCAUUGCAAAUUUGCUAUAUGCUUGUAGUGGAAGGUUGAACGACAUAAGAUGCACAAGUAGCUAUUAAAUUGUUUCAGUGUGUCAUUUUUAGAGGGAGUUUCAAUAGAUAGACUUUCACACAAAUUAUAAAUUAAUGGAUAAAACAUUUCACCCACACUGUAGAUUUCUUUUUUUUUCUUUUGAAAUUAAUAAUUUUUGAUAGUUCCUAUCAACACAAUUAAAGAUUUUUUUGUGGAUAAAAAAAUGCAAAAUUGAGCCUCAAUCAGAUUUUUUAAAAACUAUAUUUGAAAAGAAAAAAUUCUAAAGCUGUUUUUAGCCCAUUUCUGCUGGGUUUCUAGGAUCUAUUUCUUGGGUUCUAGGAUCAAAUCUAAUGAAACAUUCAUAAGAUCUCAGAAAAUGUACUAUUCCAGGAAACGCUUUGGAAAUGCCAAAAAAAAUCAAAUUUCUCAGAAAUGGGUUAAAAUAAAUUUUAAACAUGAACUAUCUCUUAAUGUUUUUUACCUUUUAGUCUCUUAAUCAUUGAGCUUUAUUUAUCCUUGUUACUAAAAAGUAUCUAUAAUAUUAUUAUGAAUACCUAAUUUAAAAUAAACUAAAAAUAUGAUUUUUAUCUGUCAUAAUCAACAGUUUGUAAUAAAUAAAAAUAUAUACCUACAUUUUA